UUCUCUCUGUUGUUUAUGAUUUCAGUACCCUCCAAAUAUUUUCUUUAUUUUAGGUUCGUUGAAGGAUUACGUUAAAAUGUCGAUGGCUGUGCAGCCCUACCUUGGUUUAGACCAGCAUUUCGACCCUGCGUGGAUGGAGAGGAUUGUUUUGGAACUUUCUGAUGCAUUUGAGAUCCGCGUCUCAUGGGACCGCGAGACGGCCUUGGUGGUAGGUGUGUGUGCGGUAGCUGGUGGCAUUGUGGGGCAUUAUGCGGGAGGCCGUCUGGGAGCUGCCGUUGGAGCAGGAAUCGCUAGUGCUACUGGCCUAGGUGUUGCUUCCCUGGUGUCCCUGAGAGAAAUUUGGGCGUCGGUGAAGCACAAGCUUCAGGAACUGUUGUACAUUGUGUUCAACUGUUUACGACGGCUGGACCCAAUAGACUAUGUUCAUGCCUUUGAGAUUCUCAUGGCGUGUGGGAGUACUCGACGAGAGCUGAUCUACGCUAUCUUAGACUUCAUCGCAACCAAGCUCGGCCGAGAGGUUGUGUCUAGUAUCACAGCAGGUUAGACCACAACACAUGUUAGAGCUCAAGCAAAGGGUUGUAAAUAGUUGUUAUCCCAGAAAGUGAAAAUACUUUAUGAAACCUUCAAUUCCUCUUUUGUUUGUAGGUAAUAUGAUGUUAACACCACAUCUAUGGAGAAAUUAUAAUACAAGUGUGCCUUAUUAGCUAGACAUUCAUAGAGCAAUAUGGGCCUAUGAUGGACUGGAGGGGAAUAGCCACAGGGUUAUUUCUCUAUACAUUCAAACUAGUUGCACAAAUGUGCAUACAUUUUGACAAAGGGGAAAGCCUGCAUAUGACUUAUCCUUUUCCCUUCUUGUUCUAAGUAGAAUUGACAUUAGUCGUACAUAAAACUUGUCCACAUACAAUAAAAAAUCUUUGCACAAAUUCUUGCUUAUAUUUUGGAAGAGAUUUUUUAAUCAGAUUUGGAAAUUCGAUACUUGGUUUUUAUUUUCGGACGAUUAUACAGUGUCACACUGUGUGAAAUAUAAAGAUAAUCUUUUUUAUUAAUUAUAGAUCAGCUUUCACUCAUUGAUCACUUGGUGGUAAACUUAGAACAUAUCUAAUAAGUAGGGAUAUCUUAUGAUCUUGAAGAGGCUUCUGUUAGGUUUCACAAGACUUUCUUGUAACUAUUUUAUUUUAUAAUGUGAUUAGAGGUUGUGUUACAGACUUGAAAUCUGAAAUCAAAUUUGUUUAUUAAUUUUAUAUCAAUUAGUGAGUAACAUUGUUAUAUACUUUUAUUUUUACUUUGCUUAUUGCUCAAUUUGUAUUAGUUCUAAAAUAAUUCAUAUUCAUGACAUGAGUGUUUAUAUAUAAUACUGAUUUUUAUUUUGUCUGUAACAAAUAAAGGGUCGAACGAAAUCAAACACAUUUUUUUAUUGUUUUCAAUGUAGUACAGGUUAGAGACAUUUUCUCAUAUUGAAAUCAGAAAAGUAUAAUGAAAGACAAGAAGAUGUUUAAAACAUUUUAUUCAGUGCACCAUCAAAAAUACAUGAACAAAUGCAGACUAUCACAAUCUAUCAGGUUAACAUUCGAGUACGGCACUCGACAGGUGCCUCUAUCACUGGCGGCCUCUGCUAGCAAUUACAUUAACAGUUUGUUCAUUUCAUAAAUAAAACCUAACCAGCAAUAUAAAAUUUAUUGUAAAGAAGUUAUUUUAUCCGCAAUAUGGCGCUGGUUUUUAUAUUUCUGGCGUGGGUUUAUUUGUCAUGGCUACUCUAGUAGGAAUGCUUCAUAAUUAGUGACCUAGUGAACGCGGUGCAACGUGGCGUACCGUCCCGUACGCUUUAAGUACAUAAAUAAACGCAUUUUGACUUAAAUAUUACUCUCACUAGUACUAAAAUAUUCUAAGAAUAAACUCCAAUUAGUAUACUAAAAGAUCUUCACAAGGAACAUUAUUACUAAAUGUAAAUUACAAUACUUCCGAAACCCGUCGAAUUAGUAAAACUAAAAUAAAUAAAUAAGUUAUAGGU